ACAGCUCUGCCCUGACGGACAAACAACACAGGUCUCUCAGACUGAACUCACCUGUCACAUAGACUUGGAUCAUCUCAAGAUACCGAAGAUGAAGACCACUUACCUUUGCCUAAUUCUCAUCCUCUCCACCGCCUGCCAGCAAGGACUGUGUGCCUUCCUCAAAGAGAAUGAAAAUGUGGAUUCUGCAGUCCAACUGGUUAACCCACAGAUGGAAAAUGCAGAUAUCAAGGAAUCUGCAGACCUUUUGGUACGGGACAAGCGGCACACCGUUCUCCACCUCUGUACAUACUGCUGUAAAUGCUGCCGGUACAAAGGAUGCGGCUACUGCUGCCGAACCUGAACUCCCCUCACCAUGGACCAUGGAAAACGUUAAUGAGAACUGUA